AUGAAGGUAAAAAACAAGGUUAAGCUAAAGGAUAAGAAUGUUGCAAUAACAUUGGUACCUGAAGAUUCUGAAGAUCUCUGGUACUUAUACAAUCUUAUUCAAAAAGGAGAUACGGUACAACUUUUAACUCAUCGAAAUGUGAAAAAGGGUAACCCUAACCAAGUAACGAAAGGUAAGGCUAAGAUGGAAAAAAUACUUGUUAAGUUGAGAUUAUUAGUAGAGGAUAUUGACUAUGUUGCAAGCGACUCAACUAUGAGGAUCAAUGGUAAAUCAUUGCUUCAGCAAGAGUAUAUUCCGCUAAACAGUUAUCAUACUGCCGAAGUAGAGUUAAAUAAAGAAAUAUCCAUAGUGAAAGAGAGCUGGGACGAAUACGAUAUGACCUUGUUGGACGAUUUGUGCUCAAUUGAGAAAAAAGCCGAUAUUGGUGCAGUAGUGUUUCAAGAAGGUGUGGCACAUGUAUGCUAUGUUACUGACCAAAUGACGGUAUUACAAGCCAAAAUAGAAAAACUGAUACCCAGGAAAAACAAGGAUUACGGAACAAGGGAUUUGGAUAAGGCAAUGAACUCAUUUUUCAAUAUGAUCAUACAAGCUAUAAUAAGGCAUUUUGAUUUUGAGAAGCUAAAAGUUAUCAUUUUGGCAAGUCCCGGCUUUUUAGCAAAUAGUUUAUAUGAACGACUAAUCCAAGAGUGUACGAAUUUACAAAGUUCAGGUAACACAAAGGAUGCAAAGAGGUUUAAUAUAAUAUUGACCAACAAGCACAAAAUUCUUGUUGCACAUUGUUCAACGGGGUAUUUGCAAGGUUUAGAAGAAGUUUUGACUGAUUCGCUGCUACUGAAGAAGCUUGCAGAUACCAAAUUUUACGAGGAAUCGGACGUUUUGAUGAAAUUUCAAAAGGCUUUGAAUGACGAUGAUGGACGUGCAUGGUAUGGACUUGACGAAAUUCGAAAAGCUUUACAAAUGGAUGCUAUUCGAUUUCUCAUGGUUUCCGAUGAAUUGUUCCAAAACGACGACGUAAAAACUAGGAGGAUGUACAUUGAUAUUUGCGAACAAGCCAAACUGAUGGGGGCCAAGGUGUACAUUUUCUCGAGUUUGCAUGAGCUGGGUAUCCAAUUGAACCAAUUAACAGGAGUGGCUGCUUUGUUAAAAUAUCCAGUCCCCGAUUUAGACGAGUCGGACAAUGAAUAA